UUCAUUUAGUAUUUAUUAAUGCGCAUUUACAGCCGAUUGACGGGUUUUAAGAAACAGCCCUCAUUGUUAUUGCCACGUAACAUCUUUCUCUAGGCUAUUUCCGUAAUUUGCCCCUUUAUGGGCGGCUACCAAAAUACUCCUAUCACACAAUUCCUUUUUCUAUAUAAUCGCCUUUUUUUCUCCCCUUCCUUAAUCUCAUCGUCCUUUCCUCAUUCUAACUCUCUCUCCUCCAUUUCAACCAUUUUCUCAUUUCCAAUUCAACCAUUUUUAUGGCGCCUAAACUUAACGGUGGCGGCGGUGGACCUGAUAAUGCUGUUAUUUCUCUUAAAGUUAACGUCGGUAACAACUCUAACGUUAACUCCUGUAAAGAAACACAUUUUCGAGGUGUUAGAAAGCGACCAUGGGGAAGAUAUGCGGCGGAGAUCCGAGAUCCGACUAAAAAGAGUCGGGUCUGGCUCGGCACAUUUGACACUGCCGAAGAAGCUGCGCGUGCGUAUGACGAUGCUGCACGCACUUUUCGUGGUGCUAAAGCCAAAACAAAUUUUCCUCUUCCUUCAGAAAUCCAUCUUCAUCACCAGAAUCACUAUAAUACUAACAAUAAUUGUAACACUCGUAGUCCGAGUCAGAGUAGUACUGUGGAAUCAUCGUCGCACGAGAAGCCUUCUCCUACUGCUCCGGCGAUGAUGGUGGAUUCGCUACCGUUGGAUCUUAAUCUCACUGGAAGUAUUGCCGGAGUUAGGUUUCCGUUUCAGCAAGUUAGAGUUUCACCGAUGCCGGCGGUUGGAUUUCCGGCGACGAUGAAUCAGUUUUUGUAUUUUCACCAACAUCGUCCGCAGUAUAGUAGUGCUAAGAAUAAUCAGCAGCUGAUAUUUAGCCCUGGGGCACACGCGCCGAUGAUGGCGUGUGGUGUUCAGAGUGAUUCUGAUUCAUCUUCUGUCGUUGAUUUAAAUCAAGAUCUUAAUAGUACUCCUAGAGGUCUUGGGUUCGAUCUUAAUCAACCUCCACCUUUGGAUUUGGCUUGAUCCUAUUCUAAAGUCUUUUAAUCUCUUCUGAAGAGGUUUUUCAAGGAUGCACGGAGGAAAAAGAAAAAAAAUUGGAAAAUAAGUUUGUUUUUAAAUUUUCUCGGUUGGUUGACUAAAUUAGGAACAAAAAAAAAAUGAGGGAGGAUCUUUGCAGAUCACCGAAGUUUAUUUUUUUUUUUGUAUAGUUUUUAAUUUUUAAUUAGAUUAGAAUCAAGUAUAACUAUUGAAUUAGCAUCCGUUUUUUGCAACAGAGAUUAGAGAAGAAAGAUAAUGAUGAAAGAGUACUUUUUAUGUCUUUUAAUUUCCAUGAUCUCUGUUGUUUGCUAGAAAGCAAGGGUGUAAUUUGAUGAUCCUGUUUUGGAUAACUAGUUAUUGAAAGUACUAUAAUACUUCAUUAUUUAUUUAAGUA